UCCAGGAUGGCCGACCUCUCUCCUCGGGGCCAAGACCGAGACUGGCAGACUGCCAGCCUGCCCGCCAGCCACCGCGGCGUCCCCUCGCCCCGGCUGCCCGGCGGUGGCAGCAACGCCGGCAACAGCCCCAUGUACCAGCCACAGAUCACGGAGGCGUGGGCCGAGCCGCCCCAGCCCUCGGUCAACUCGCCCUCGCACUUCUUACCCGACAUUCGCGAGCAUGCGGCACGGGGCCCCACCAUGGGCCCGGGCGGCGGCGGGCUGCGGGGCCUGCCGGCCGGCUUCACGCUGCCGCCCGAGGUGCCGUCGCCCGAAUCGCUCCGUGGUGAGGUGCGCAUUCGCGGCCUCAAGAACGAGCUGCUCACAGCCAAGAACCGCUUUGAGCAGGAGCUGCAGCUGCGGGACGCCGAGGCCCAGAAGCUGCGUGAGUACAUCGAGCAGCAGCGCGAUGUGAUGGCCGCGCAGAAGGGCACCAUCCGCGAGCUGGAGCGCAACGUGGCGGAGCUGACGCGCACGCAUACCACCAAUAGGGCCAACCACGAGCGGUACUCGGUCAAGGCGGAGGCCAAGGUCCGGGCGCUGCAGGGCCGGCUGCGAGAGGUGGAGCACGAGCACAGUGCGGCCAUGAGCGGCAUGGCGGCUCAGCUGGAGCGGGCGCGCAAGGAGCGCACCGCGCUGGCACUGGGCAUUGCGGCGGUGGCCUCACAGGCGCUGGGCGGUGACGGCGCGUCGCCCGAGGACGUGCACAUGGACGCCGAGCGCGCGGCGGCGGAGGGCUACGAGCAGCUGCCGCGCACUGCCGCCGCCUGGCUGGGGCUGAGAUACGAGCUGGACGACGACGGCAACCUGGCCAGCUUCAGCCGCGCCGCCGGCAGCCCCACACGCCCCUUUGACCGCGACGGCGCGCGUGCUGUGGCGGCGCUGGUGGCGCAGACGCGGCGGCUGUUCGAGCAGCGCAGCGCAUACCGCUCCAAGCUGCGCGCCACAGGCCAGCAGAUCGAGCAUAUGCAGGCGGUGCUGGACAACGUGGAGGCGGACUUCAACCUGGUCAAUUGGCUCAUUGACAUGAUGGGCGCCGAGGGCCGCCGCCUGGGCGCCGAGCUAGGCACGCCGCCGCUGCUGCCCGCCGAUGCGCCGCCGCCCGACUCGGCUGCGCGGCUGAGCGAGCGCGUGGAGGGCGUCAAGGCGCUGGUGGCGCGGCUGAGCGAGGAGCUGUUGGUGGCGGACGCGGAGAAGAGGGCCCUGGCGAGCCAGCUGGGCCACGACCUCAGCGAUAGCCCCGUCGACCGCCGGAGCAUCAUCGAGGCCUAUGCCGCCAAGCUCAAGGAGCUGUACGGCAACGCCCGCCGGCCCCAGCCGCCCGCCGCGCCGCUCAACAGCGGCCGCCGCUCGCCGCCGCAAGGCCGUCGCCCAGUGCCGCCGCCGCCGGCCAAGGAGCGCUCCGUGCAGCCGGCCGCCAGCCCCAGCGCCGCGUCGCCGCCCGCCGGCGCCAAGCCCACCGGCUACCCGGUAUCGCCCAAGGUGCGCGCAGCUGCCGGCCGCACCCACCAGCCCACCGUCGCCUCGCAAGCGUCGCCGCCGCCGCCCGACGCCAAGGAGGCCGAGGAGCGCCGCACCGAGCAGAAGGCCAAGAAGGCCAACGAGCUGUCCGACCACUUCUCGGAGGUGCUGCACGGCAAGCCCGCCGAGAAGGGCCGCCGGGCCAUCAAGGCCGCGGCUGCGGCCGAGAAGGCUCCCGCGCCGCCCGUGGCGCAGAAGGCGCAUGCGGCGCCGCCGGAGCCAUCUACUCCCGCACGUGGCAUCGCCGCUGCUGGCAAGGUCUCUCGCGAGCAGCCGCCCGCACCGCCAUCCAAGGAGCACUCAGUGGAUGCUGCGCCCGCGGAGCCGGAGCCACCAUCCCCGGUACGAGAGCCGGAGCCGGAGCCCAGUCAGGCACCAGAGCCGGAGCCGGAGCCGGAGGCAGAGCCGGAGCCAGAACCCACCGCAGAGCCACAACCGGAGCCGGAGGCAGAGCCGGAGGCAGAGCCGGAGGCAGAGCCGGAGGCAGAGCCGGAGGCAGAGCCGGAGGCAGAGCCGGAGCCGUCCGAGCCAGCUGUAGAGCCCGAGCCGCAGCCGGAACCGGAUGCAGAGGAGGCGCCUGAGACUGCGGCUGCAGGCGGUGCGGAUGGCGAGGAGGAGGCGGGAGGGGAUGAGCCCGAGCCUUCGGAGCCGGAGCCGGUGCGCGUGGCCGAGCAGGAGCAGGAGCAGCAGGAGCAGCAGCAGGAGCAGCAGGAGGAGGAGGAGGACGUUUACCCUGAGGCUCCCUCGUCGGCCGUGCCUGACACGGAGCUGACCGCCGACCUCACCGCCGACCUCACCAUGGAGCCCACCAACGCGGAGACAGACGCCUCCGAGCCGCUGUCGCCGGUGCGUGUGCACCUGCGCCCCAGCAGCGCGCAGAGCGCCGCCGUGCGCAUGCGGCUGAGCAUGGACGCGGAGGAGCCGGCAGCGACGGCGUACGGCACCGGCACCGGCGGCUCGGAGGGCGCCGAGGGGCUGGCGGCUGUGGAGGAGGGCGAGGAGGCGAUGGAGGAGGCGGUGGCGGCCGAGGCGGAGGAGGAGGAGGCUGAGGCUGCUGCGGCGGAGACAUACAAUGGGGAGCCGGCUGAGGAGCCCGAAGAACCCGAGGAUGAGCCCGCAGCAGAGGAGCCGGCUGCGGCUGAGGAGGAGCCGGCAGCAGGUGAGCCGGCUGCGGCUGAGGAGGAGGCGGCAGCUGAGGAGCCGGCUGCGGCCGAGGAGGAGGCGGCAGCUGAGGAGCCGGCUGCGGCUGAGGAGGAGGCGGCAGCUGAGGAGCCGGCUGCAGCUGAGGAGGAGCCCGCAGCUGAGGAUCCGGCUGCGGCUGAGGAGGAGGCGGCACCUGAGGAGCCGGCUGCGGCUGAGGAGGAGCCCGCAGCUGAGGAGCCCGCAGAACCCGAGGAUGCGCCCGCAGCAGAGGAGCCGGCUGCAGCUGAGGAGGAGCCGGCAGCUGAGGAUCCGGCUGCGGCUGAGGAGGAGGCGGCACCUGAGGAGCCGGCUGCGGCCGAGGAGGAGGCGGCAGCUGAGGAGCCGGCUGCGGCUGAGGAGGAGGCGGCAGCUGUGGAGCCGGCUACGGCUGAGGAGGAGCCGGCGGCGGCUGAGGCUGUGGCUGAGGAGGCGGCGGCGGCUGAGGGUGAGCCCGCAGCUGAGGAGCCGGCUGCGGCUGAGGAGGAGGCGGCAGCUGAGGAGCCGGCUGCAGCUAAGGAGGAGCCCGCAGCUGAGGAGCCGACUGCAGCUGAGGAGGAGGCGGCAGCUGAGGAGCCGGCUGCAGCUGAGGAGGAGCCGGCAGCUGAGGAGCCGGCUGCGGCCGAGGAGGAGGCGGCAACAGAGGAGCCGGCGGCGGGUGAAGAUCCGGCUGCAGCUGAGGAGGCGGCGGCAGCAGAGGUGCCGGCGGCGGCUGAGGAGGAGCCCGCAGCUGAGGAUCGGGCUGCGGCUGAGGAGGAGCCGGCAGCUGAGGAGCCGGCUGCGGCCGAGGAGGAGGCGGCAGCUGAGGAGCCGGCUACAGCUGAGGAGGAGCCCGCAGCUGAGGAUCCGGCUGCGGCUGAAGAGGAUACGGCAGCAGAGGAGCCGGCUGCAGCUGAGGAGGAGCCCGCAGCUGAGGAUCCGGCUGCAGCUGUGGAGGAGCCGGCAGCAGAGGAGCCGGCUGCGGCCGAGGAGGAGGCGGCAGCUGAGGAUCCGGCUGCGGCCGAGGAGGAGGCGGCAGCUGAAGAGGAGCCGGCAGCUGAGGAGGAGGCGGCGGCUGAGGAGGAGCCGGCAGCUGAGGAGCCGGCUGCGGCUGAGGAGCCGGCUGCAGCUGAGGAGGAGGAGGCAGCAGAGGAGCCGGCGGCGGCUGAGGAGGAGCCCGCAGCUGAGGAGCCGGCUGCAGCUGAGGAGGAGCCCGCAGCUGAGGAGCCGGCUGCGGCUGAGGAGGAGCCGGCAGCUGAGGAGCCGGCUGCGGCUGAGGAGCCGGCUGCGGCUGAGGAGCCGGCUGCGGCUGAGGAGCCGGCUGCGGCUGAGGAGCCGGCUGCGGCUGAGGAGCCGGCAGCUGAGGAGCCGGCUGCAGCGGAGCCGGCCGCUGAAAAGCCGGCGGCGGCCGAGGAGCCGGCUGCAGCUGAGGAGGAGAAGGAGGCGGCUGAGGAGGAGCCGGCAGCAGAGGAGCCACCCAAGUCGCCAGUGCGCGUGCACAUGCGGCCGGAUAGCGCACAGCCCUCUGAGAGCGUGAAGGUGCGGCUCAGCAUGGAUGCUGAGGCACCGAUGCCGGAGGCUGCGGAGGCUGCGGGCGGUGAUGAGGGCUUGGAGCCGGUUGGUGAGGCUGACGUGGAGGCGCCGGAGGGCCAUGACGGUGGCGAUGCAGAGGCUGACCUGCGGGCUGAGCUGGAGGCGGCCGAGGAGGCGGAGGUGAAUGCCCAGCACGCCGCGGAGAUGGCUAAGGACGCCGCGGGUGACGAGUAAUGUUGGUUAGCCUCGUGCAAUAAGGCCAGGUGACAGAGUUUGGCGCGGCAUUAUGUGAACGGUGUGACACUGCUGAGCUAGGUGCAGCAAGUGAGGCAGGUACAGGAUGCCAGUGAGCCCAGCCGGUCAUGCACGCACUUGAAAUAACGCCAUGUGCACUUUGAAUUUACGCUGUCCCCGUUGAAAGACCGGGGGCCGAAAGCUCGUAAUACUUGCUUUGUACGGUACUGAAUCAAGGUGAGCGUAACACGCACUUGAGCCAAGGCGUGUCCGAUCUUGCACGGAGCCAAUCUGAGCCAAUGCGGCUGGGCCAGUCUCGUCUGUAGGGCAGGCAGAGGGAGAGCCGUGCAAAUUGCAGUUGUCCUUAUGAGAUAUGAUGGUUGAAUUGUUUGACUUAGGCUUCAUAAUUUCUUGUACUGCACGUGUCGGGCCAGAAACAGCAGGUAGUGCAGAGUGCGAGUGCUGGUUGGAUGUAUGACGCUGUGUGAUCGCGAAACGUAGGAUUCAUGGCAUUCGUGGUCUCGGGGUUGGGGGACGUACGUGUGUCAAAUGUCGCUGGAUGGUAUGCUGCAAAGCAGGGAUGUUUUGGAGUGGAGGUGCUCGCCUGCUCCAUGAUACUUAGACGUAGCGGGCGGUCGUAGCGGUGGGCGUGUGAUCGUGUAACCCUGAGUUGUG